AUGGCGAUCCUGGUGCUGUUUCUUUUAUCAUCCACGAUCCUCGUCCACGGAUACAGCAAAAGCAACGACCCGAACGACGAGCCUUUCCUCCCCAUAUAUCCAGUGUACCCCUACAAUCCGAAGCUGAUAAAAAGAGGAGCCGACAGGGAAGUCAUCACGCAAUUGUCUCCAGAGCUGUACGCGCCAAAACUCGAUGCUAAGGACUCCUACAGUGCUAGUUACAGCACGAACUAUCCCAGGGAUCCCUACUACCCUAAUUACAAUCCGUAUCCAAAAACUUCCAGCUCUCCAUCCGGCUACUCUUACUACGGUUCUCUUCCAUACACGUACCCGACCUCAGCGUAUAACGGGUACAACUCAUACUCGACGCCCUAUUCAGUGGCUCCACCUUCGUACUCGCCGAUGCCUUACUCCACCUCUUAUCCUAAUUACUAUUACCAACCCCCUUACUAUUAUCCCAAUUAUUACGCUCAACCCAUGUACGCGCCACCCGCACCGCCACCACCGGGCGCAGAUUAUUCCAGCGACCUCUAUUCUGAGUCGGAGAACGAGAAGAGUAAAGAGAAGAAGCCGAGCAGCGAGAAAAAAUACAAAAACAACGACGGAGAGCAAGAACCUGCCAACAACCAAUACAUCGACGGAGGGAAUUACAUUUCCAGCAACUCGAAGGACCUGGACAGUCAACCUAGCACUUACAAAGCUAGCAGUCCGCAGAAUCAAUUGGAGCAAAUGACCGAUCUUCAUCUGAAGAAUAUUCCGAUUCCUAUACCAAAAACGACCUACAGAGUAGUCAGUGUCGCUGGACAGCCCGUGGGACCUGAUUAUCCUCUACCAGCUCCUUAUGUCAAGGCUCAACAGAUAGAAGAACUGAUGAGUCAAACCUGGGCGAAGAUGCUAGCUCAGAAUUUGCAACAGGCUCCGCAGUACCCUACGAAUGAUGGAGGCAAGAACAAUGGAGGACAGUAUAACCAGAAUAAGGAUUCACAGAGAUACGUUUCGGUGCCUAACGUCAUUGCCAAGGCUGGACUGGCUUAUGUAGUGAAUCCUAGCAUUCUUGGAAAACUAAAUAUUGGUAACAUCGCUGGCCAAGUUGCUCAGGCCCCGACAACCCACUUGAAGAACAUCAAAUAUCCCCCGCCUAUUCCAGGCGUCUACACCGCAGUGGAGAAGCCUGUGAAGGAUCAGGUGGACUUGAACGAGUACGAGAAUUACGAGAACUCGUCGCCUCAGGGAUCCCAGGAUUACGACAGCUCUCUAAGUCAGAACGAGAAGCAGACGCAGAAUUACGAGAACGAUCAAUCUUAUCAGAACCAGAACUACGUGACCGUGCAGACACCUCGGGGAUACAGCUAUCAGUAUAGCAGUUACAAUCCGUCACAGACGACGGGCCAACAACAGCAGCAGUAUAAAACUAACUUGGACGACGUGAAUUUCGGUAGCAAGACGAAGAAAGGGUAG